GUCCGGGGGCGAGCGGGGAGCCGGUGCCGCCUGGCCGGUGUAACGCACUACACCGGCACAGCGCCCCCCUCCCUGCCAGGGAGGCAGACGGGAGCACAUGGCAACCGCAGGGAGCAGCCGCUGAAGGGAGGCAGCCCUAGCCUAGACUCACUUCGCUUCCCGGCGCCCGGACUGCACGCGGCGGCCAGCCCGGGCUCCGCGCUCGGCCGCGGGGCAUUUAGCGGGGAGCCAAGGGUAGGCUCCGGGGAUCCCGGGAGCGCGUCUCUCCGGCGGUUUGCACCCCGCGCCGGGAAGAACGGACCCGCGCUGGCUUCCCCCUGGGCGCGCCAACGUUGCGCGCAACCCGCCUAGCCCAGCGCUGCUCCCCGCCCGCUGCUGGGGAUGGCCCAGAGCCCAGCUCCAUGGGCAUCCAGACUCCCCGGCCAGCCAGCCAUGGACAUCAACGCGUCGUCCGCCCCGGCGGGGGGCAACGCCACCUCGGAGCUGGGGAGCGGCGCCUGGAGGAGCCGGGAGCCCUUCUCCAUCUUCAGCAUCCUCAUCCUCACCCUGCUGGUCCUCCUGACCAUCGCCACCUUCCUCUGGAACCUGCUGGUGCUGGUGACCAUCCUGCGGGUCAAGACCUUCCACCGGGUGCCCCACAACCUGGUGGCCUCCACCGCCGUGUCCGACGUGCUGGUGGCGGCGCUGGUCAUGCCCCUGAGCCUGGUGAAGGAGCUGUCGGCCGGGCGGCGCUGGCGGCUGGGCCGGGCGCUGUGCCACGUGUGGAUCUCCUUCGACGUGCUGUGCUGCACCGCCAGCAUCUGGAACGUGACGGCCAUCGCCCUGGACCGCUACUGGUCCAUCACCCGCCACCUGGAGUACACCCUGCGCGCCCGCCGCCGCAUCUCCAACGUCAUGAUCGGCCUCACCUGGGCGCUCUCCGCCGUCAUCUCCCUGGCGCCCCUCUCCGGCUGGGGCGAGACCUACAGCCCGGCGCAGCAGCGCUGCCAGGUCAGCCAGGAGCCCUCCUACACCGUCUUCUCCACCUGCGGCGCCUUCUACCUGCCGCUCUGCGUCGUGCUCUUCGUCUACUGGAAGAUCUACAAGGCGGCCCGGUUCCGGAUCGGCGGGCGCCAGAGGAACGCGGUCCUGCCGCUGCCGGCGAGGGGCCCGGUGAAAGAAGCUUCCCAUGAACCACAGAUGGUGUUUACAGUUCGCCAUGCGACUAUCACUUUCCAGACAGAUGGAGAAACAUGGAGGGAACAGAAAGAGAAAAAAGCAGCUCUGAUGGUUGGCAUUUUAAUUGGAGUUUUUGUCCUUUGCUGGAUACCUUUCUUCAUCACAGAAUUAAUAAGCCCCCUCUGUUCCUGCAACAUUCCACCGGUCUGGAAAAGCAUCUUUCUCUGGCUUGGCUACUCCAAUUCUUUCUUUAAUCCUCUUAUUUAUACAGCAUUUAACAAAAAUUACAACAAUGCCUUCAAAAACCUUUUUGUAAGGCAGAGAUAAAAGAGGGAGGGUUACAUUACCAUGUAAUACACUGACUUAGUAGAGGAAAUAUGUGCCUGUGAAAUGUCAGCUUGUAAAGAGCAGGCCCUAUCUAAAGAGAUUUUGCAGCAGUGGAGAACUACACUGAACACCUGUUUGUUGGGUCAUAAACCUACUUACCUUGUACAGUCUCCCAUUGAAAUGCAUGUACACUGAGCUGUACUGAAGAAAGACGAUGCUAGAAGACUGAAGGGGUGAAUGUUUCCCUUCUCUAAGAUUUGAAUUGAUUUGUGCUAAAUUCUGAAAGAAGUUAAUUAAAAACAUCUAGCAUCACACUAAUCCAAUCUAACCAGACUAACCCUAUCCAGCCAACUAUUGCUGCCAGGUAGUAGAAUCUUCUUAAUGGGCACGGGCAUCAAUGGAAACUCUGCCACUUAAGCAAUAGCUCUGAGUGAUUGGUGCACAUUUUAGGAAUGUCUUGGGGGGAGACAAAUGCACUUUGAUAUCAUUUUUGGUAAUAUUUGAAUAAAAUAAAUUGGACUAAGUUAAGCAGCCCCACUAGAGCAAGAAUGCAGCCUGAGGUGAACCAAUGGCACAGCGCUUGUGCUAGCAAGCAUUGGUCCACUUCUGUAAAUUAUAAUUAAAGGUGAACCCUGAGUUAACUGAAACUGAAGGUCAGUUAUGUCCCUUUAGGUUACAGGAGGGGAGUUUUAGGGCCAGAUCCCCAAUUGGUGUAAAUCUGCACCAUUCUCAUUGAAGACUUAACUUUCAUAGAAUUAAAACUGGAAUGGGGUGCUCCGCUUGUCAGGGAAUGUACAGAACUAGAGAUUUGUCCUCUCUUAUACACCACUCUUUGGGAAGGUCAGAGGAAACAUUGCCCAAGCUCACAGCUCAACACUGGGUGAGUUCAGCCAGAGUGGUUAUAGGGGUAUUGUAGUCAUCUCAACCCCAUGCAGGCCAUGGGCAGCUAGGAUACGACUGUACUCCACACUAGUCCAGCACAGAACUUCAGAGGGACUUAUAUAUACCCCUCUUAAACGUGAUGGAAGCACACACUCCUCAGUGGAAGACUGGUGUUUCAUGAAGUUCUGGGAUAGCGGCUCUGGCUUGCAACACCAAACUCAGAGCAUACUAGGCAGGUCCAGGGAGAGACCUCAGGACGCUAACUAGAAUCCAAGUAUAAACAAACCUCCAGCCGAAUGCUUUCCUUGUUCUCUGUAGUACUUUUAAAAUCUCUUUACUGCCAUAACCACUUAGGAGUUAACUUUAAGCAUUAGAAGAGAAAGGAAGACAAGUCUCUUGUGGCCUUUCUGCUCUAGCUGAUAUUUAGAACUAAAGUAGAUGGGAAGAGAAGCAGAAGAAUUAUGCACAAGGACCACGGAUGGGAGCUGAAGAGCAUAAGUCCACCAACAUUCUUCCCUUUCCUCUUGUGAUGCCUUGGGUUAGUUAUGAUCUGCUGGCCCGUCAAUUUAAAUGCGAGGGGCUAUUAAUAGAACAUUUUCAGGCCACACUGCAGCUCUAAGUCUGCUGACUUUCAAGGCAUACAGGAAAGUUUCUCUUUUUCACAGAUUUUCUCCCCAAAGAGUGUGGGAAUUUUUGGUAAGAAAUUGAGAUUCCGCUUUCUGCCAAGAGUGGGGGGAAAAGGGAGCUCGAUCCUCAGUUCUUUAGUUGGUGUUGUGCAACUACACAGAGCCAUGUAACUGAUGUAUUUUUUUAAUUGUACAUGCACUGAUAGUUUUCUGAUCAACACAUUUUGUAAAUUAAAA